AUGGAGAAUCUGGACGGUCAAACUGUACCCCUCAGUAAUUACAGGGGCAAAGCUGUUCUUAUUGUCAACGUGGCCACCUUCUGAGGGUCCACCAUCGAAGAGUAUCAUCGGUUGAAUGCACUCAUGGACAUGUUUGGUCACCUCAACUUCACUGUCCUUGGAUUCCCAUGCAAUCAGUUUGGUCUCCAAUCACCAGAAACAAACCACGAGACUCUCAACGUGCUGAAGUAUGUCAGACCAGGAGGGGGGUUUGACCCAAAGUUCCCAGUGUUUGGUAAAAUCGAAGUCAAUGGGUUAAAUGAAGAUCCAUUGUUCACAUACCUAAAGGAGUCUUUACCAUUUGUAAACCCUGUGAUAGGAGACAUUAGGAAAUUGUUUUGGUCUCCAAUCAAAGUCAAUGACAUAAGAUGGAACUUUGAGAAGUUUCUCAUUACUGCGGAAGGCAUGCCAUACAAAAGGUAUGAACUGCACUGUCCAAUUGAGCAAGUGGAGAGCGAUAUAGCCCAGCUGCUGCAUUAG